UUUAUUAAGAAAGAGCUGUUGAUCAACGGUUAUAAUUUAUAUUAGGCCUCAAUCUACUCUACCGUACAGCUCCUAGCACAGCAGUGACAGCAUAGAGAGUCAGAUUUCAAAAUAACAAAAUCAACGGUUGAAAUUAAAUUACAAUCAAAAUCUAACGGUCACAAUUGAUGAUGAAGUGAUGAACGGCCUGAUUUAAUCUCAUAUCCCAACACUCUCUUCACCGAAUCAAGAUCACUGAUCAAGUGAUCAACGGCCUAAAUCUCUUCAUUCUUCACCUAAUCACUCUCUCACCCAUAUCCACGGCUUCAGACCUCAGACCUCAAUCACACUCUUUCUCUGCAUCUCAUAUCUCAUACCUCUGUCUCUCACUCUCAAAGAACGUUCUCUGCAUCUCUCUCUCUUUCUCUAUCUCAGAUUCUCAAUCUCAAAUCCUCAAAACCUGGAAUCACUUCACGUCUUCACCAAAUCCUCUAGUCUCAUACAGUCACACGAAUGCUCUCUGCCUCUCACUCUCUAAUCUCUACAGUACCUUCACCAAUUUCAUACGAAAUCUCAAGACUCAAAUCUUCCAUCAUCAUCAGUCUUCAAUCUUCACCCUUUAAAAGCUUGCAUCUUCGGUCUUCUCAACAAUGAACAGACCACACUCUCAAACUCUUAGUUCUCACUUUGCCUCUCUCUACUCCAAGGUCCAAACCCUAGCUUCUCACUGCAAGUUCUUCACACCUAGCCGCCGCCGCCGCCGCCGCCGCCACCACCAGCAGCCACUCCUCUCCCUGCCGCCGAUCAUAUGAGUUGAACCUAGGGAAUUGAAAGUUGUCCAAGUGGGGUUUUCAGUCUUCAAAUUCAUAACUCCAACACCCCCUAGUUUCUUUAAGGUCAUGGAUUCCUCCAUUUCUACACAAGCGGAUGGUGCUGCUGCCACCCAAGCGGAUGGUGCUGCUGCCUCCCAAGCAGAUGGUGCUACUGCCACUGCCACUGCCACCCAAGAGGCUGCUGCUGCAACCCAAGCUGAAGCUAUUGAUGGUGAGUUGCCCCUAGUUCCACCUAGUGUAGUGAGUAAGACUGGUACUGGUAGUGGUAGGAAAAAGUCUUUAGCUUGGAAUCAUUUUGAAAAAGUAAAGGUAGAUGAUGGUGUCACUAUGGCUGUAUGUAAUUAUUGUAAAAAAUCAUAUCUGGCUGAUAGUAAGAGUUGUGGUACUAGUAAUUUAUUAGCUCAUGUGACAAUCUGUCCUAAGAACCCUAAUAGAGAAGAUAAAGGGCAGAAAACCUUGGCUUUUGAACCCAAAAAUGAUGGAGAUGAAGGGUUCAAACUUGUGUCAACAACUUUUUCUGUUGAGGCGUCUAGAAAGGCACUAGCUGAAAUGAUAAUAAUUGAUGAGUUGCCUUUUAGGUGUGUUGAGGGUUAUGGGUUUAAGAAAUAUGUAACUACGUUACAACCUAAGCUUCGUGUAAAAGAUAUUCCAUCUCGACAAACUGUGGCUAGAGAUGUAAUUGGAAUUUAUAAUAGUGAGAGAGAGAAGCUGAGGAAAUCCUUGAUGGGUUGUAGGGUCUGUCUUACUAUGGACACAUGGACUUCUUUACAAAAUUUGAAUUAUAUGUGUCUCACAUGUCACUUUAUUGAUGAUACUUGGAAGUUGCAUAAAAGAAUUUUAAAUUUUUGUCAAGUUGAAGAUCAUAAGGGGGAGACUAUAGGUAGGAAGAUUGAGAUGUCUUUGCGUGAGUGGGGUAUUGAUGGCAUAUUCACUUUGACAGUGGAUAAUGCUAGUUCCAAUUUAACCACAGUUAAAUUUUUACAAAGGGUAACAAAAGAUUGGAAUGGGACAGUUUUAGGAAAUGAGUUAAUGCACAUGAGGUGUUGUGCCCAUAUCCUAAAUCUAAUUGUUGGGGAGGGUUUGAAAGAAAUUGAUGCAUCUGUUGGUAGGGUGCGUGAAGCUGUGAGGUAUGUGAAGUCCUCGCCUAAUAGAAAUCAAACCUUUAGGAAUUUUAUGGAGAGGUUAGGUAUGGAGUCCAAGAGUCUUCUUUGUUUAGAUGUACCUACUAGGUGGAACUCAACUUACCUUAUGUUAGAAACAGCUAAAAAAUUCGAGAAAGUAUUCCUUAGGAUGGACUUUGAAGAUGAUGGUUAUUCAUCAUAUUUUAGGAGCAAGGAAGAUAGUGGUGGUUUGGGAUCUCCUUGUAUGAGUGAUUUCCAAAAUUGUAGGGCAUUUGUGACUUUUUUGAGGCUUUUUUACAAUGCAACAAAAAAAAUUUCUGGCUCUUUGUAUGUGACCUCAAAUGCCUUUUUUGAUGAAAUCUUUGUUAUUCAGGAGAUGGGGAGUGUGAUGGUUGAUAAGGUGAAAGCUCUUUUGAUGAAGUUGUAUAAUUUUUUCUGUUCUGUUAAUUCCCCAAAUGUGGAAGAACCAAGUGGGGGUGAGAGGACACCAAUGGUGGUGGGUGAUGCAAGUGAUCCAUAUGUGAUGGUUCACUCUCGGUAUGAGCUUUUCUUAGAAGCUGAGCAAUCUAUAGGUUGUAGUAAUGAGGUUGACAAGUAUUUAGCUGAAAAUUGUGAUGGUAGAAGGGAUGGGAAUUUUGAGGUGUUGGGGUGGUGGAAGGACAAUUCUAAUAGUUUCAACUGUUGCAUCUGA